AUAAUACCCAAAUAAGCUUUUCAUCCUUAAUGUCAGUCAUUUCAUUUUUUGCAUGCUCAAAUUCUCCCCCUUCUCCUUCAACUGUUGGAAAGUGGAACAAAGAUUUGAAUUGGGUUAUUGGAGACUGGAGAUUGGGGAUAAUCAUUUUUUUAAUUGAUGGGCACACUUGGGCACUUCUCAAAUCCAAAACCCGACAUGGUAUUGGUAUUGGGGUAUUUUCUAAAUCUUCCAUUUUUCUUUUGAAAUGCGUGAGAAAUUGCAGAAAGGUGAUGGAAAAAUACAUCGGGCAUUGUAAAUGCAGAUAGCCAUUUGAUGUGGAUAUCAUGCAAAUCUUUGGAAUGUCAGGCAAGGCAAUAUAGGCUGUAACAGCCUAAUAGGCUUGUCAGCCUGGUUUUAGAGAGAGAGAGAGAGAGAGAGAGAGAGUUUUGUUUGUGUCAUCUGAGUCUUUAUUGCCAUAGCCUAAAAAGGGUUUCUGCUUUUUAGCCUGUGUAUGUUUGAAAGGUCUGAGCAUUUUUUUAUGUUGCUUGCAUCUUCCUCCCUCCUUGGUACUCUCAUGCUGGAAUUUAUGGCUGUGACAGCUUUGUUUAUGUCUUGGGCUUUGAGCCAUCUCUCCAUUUCUAUUCUAUAUUCUGAGUAAACUGUUAAUAUAACCUCUUAAUUUAAUAGUAUAAUAUAUCUUGUUAAUCUCAGUACAUAUCGUUUAAGUGAUUGAUUUGAAAAGUUACCAUCAAAGUGUUCAUUAAGUUUUUUGUUUACUUGAGUCAUAUUAUAGGUAAAUUAAUUUAGUAGAUCAAGUUAACAAAUUAUAUAAAGGUCGUACCUAGUGCAUAAAGUUUCCGCUUUACGCAGGGUCUGAAAAAGGUGAAUGUCGGCUAACCUUACCCCCAUUUAUGGAGAGGCUGCUCCCAAGUCUCGAACCCGAGACCUACCACUCAUGGACGAAGACACUUGUCAUCGCACCAAGUUUACAAAUUAUAUAAUGCGUAAAAAACUAAGUUCGGAUGAGACUUCAAACGUUCUCUGUCUGUCAUUUUAGUUUCUCUGCUGCAAUCAGGACAUGCAUAUUUUUUUUCUCUUGGGUUUCUUUUGUUUUUAACUUUUAGUAAAAGAAAAAGAACUUCUGCUUUUUUCACAUUUCCCUUCGGUUUUGUCUUAUUCCUGUGCACUUUUGGCAUUUCACUCAUUUGUCUGGGAGUCUCUUCGGCCAUAUUCAUGAUGUGUUCCAUGAUUUCCUUCCUGCAUUUUUCAUGCAGAUAGUUUCCACCUACAACUAUUGCUCAUUGGUUCAUCUUCAACUCACUCUUCUCUUUUCUCAUGAAGAACAAGUAAAGAGUGGUGUGUGGGUGGUUAAUGGUCGAACAAGGAAGGGGGAUUUGGAUGUGGAAAUGGCAUCACCAUCUUGUGCCACUUCAAGCAAGAGCCCACUUCCCAUGAAAGACACGACUUCCUCCUCUCAGUCUCACUUGAUUAAGUACCCAGCACCACUUGCUAAACUUGAGGAAGUUGCAUCCAACCCUAAGCUCUUCAUGUCUACUUUGGAAAAGCUCCAUGCUUCCAUGGGAACCAAGUUUAUGAUCCCUAUUAUAGGAGGAAAAGAGCUAGACUUGCAUAAGCUCUUCGUGGAGGUAACUUCCCGUGGCGGUCUUGAGAAGAUUAUUAGAGAUAGAAGAUGGAAGGAAGUUACUGCGGUGUUCAACUUUCCAUCUACAGCUACAAAUGCUUCAUUUGUGCUGCGGAAAUAUUAUCAUUCGUUGCUUCUCCACUACGAACAAAUUUACUAUUUUAAAGCUCUAGCAUGGGAUCCUCUCGCUUCUGAAAGUUCGCGCAGCCCUUCAGUGACAGCCCUUCCAUCUCCAAGGGGAGGAGCUAAACGGAAAUCAGCUGAAUCUCCUUCUGUGCAUCAACAAACACCGAUAAAUUCAGAAAUGCCUGGAGCCAGGACAACAGCAUCAUCAGAAGAUACUGUGACAGGGGUUAUUGAUGGGAAAUUCGAAAACGGAUAUCUUGUUACUGUCAUCAGAGGCUCAACGAAGCUUAGAGGUGUACUUUAUCAGUCUCCACGGAAUCCAGCACAGGAAGUUCCACCAGUCCCACAGAACUUUGGCGCAUUGGUUAACAGAAAUGACAGUGUUUCAGCUACACCUGGCGUCCAGCAGCGUCGGCGCAGAAGAAAGAAAUCUGAGAUAAAAAGGAGGGAUCCUGCUCAUCCGAAACCUAACAGAAGUGGCUACAACUUUUUCUUUGCGGAGCAGCAUGCAAGGCUGAAACCACUCCAUCCGGGGAAGGAUAGAGAGAUAAGUAGAAUGAUUGGUGAGCUCUGGAAUAAAUUGAAGGAGGCGGAAAAAUCAGUGUAUCAGGAGAAAGCAGUUAAAGAUAAAGAGCGAUACAGAAUAGAAAUGGAGGAUUACCGGGAGAGGUUGAAGACUGGUCAAGUGGUUAGUGAUGCAGUGCCACUACAACAGCGGUUGCCCGAAGCAGAUGCAAGUAACGUGGAAUCAGAUGCAAAGAUUGAAGAAACUGAGGCCGGAGGCUCAGCACAAACAUCGGAUGAGAGUAAUGAGAGUAGUUCUAGCAAAACAGAAAAGUGAUUCUGAUGAUGGAUUGAUAUGACUGCAAAAGGAUGGACCUGGAUUUCGUGCCUUGCGGGUGAAGGCAUUCAUCUGAGCAAGCCUGAAGAGAGAGUAUUGAGUAUGGAUGGAUGACGAAUCAGGUGGCGAAAAAGAAAGCUUAGUUAGUAAUCUAACUUAGACAGAAAUCAUCGAUAGCUAAUGAAGAAAACUGAGUCUCUGUGACCAAGUAGGACCGACUCUUUCUAUGUUUUAGGUUUAAAUUAUCCCUUGAAUUAGUAGCUUAAGUUGGCAUGUUUUUUCCAAACUGCAUUACUUUUCAUGGUAAGUGAAGCAUAAAAUUGCAUUUACUUGUUUGUUAAAGGAAGGUUUUCAUCUGACUUUUUUUUA